AUGGUCAACAUCACUGGGAGCUUUGUCUCCCCGUCCGCGGAUGCGACGGUCACUCCUCAACUUUUCGCGCCGGCCGGAAUUCUUGCCUCCGUGCUUGAUGGAUUCACGAUCUGGAAGCUGAUUCUGACCCUGUUCCUUGCGGCUGUCGUUUAUGAUCAGUUCAUGUACCACUAUUACAAGGGCUCAAUCGUCGGUCCCGCCUACAAGAUCCCUUUCAUGGGCCCAUUCCUGCAAUCCGUCAACCCCAAGUUCACCGAGUACAAGGCGAAAUGGGACAGCGGAGAUCUGAGCUGUGUCUCCGUCUUCCACAAAUUCGUUGUUAUCGCGUCGACUCGUGACAUGUCCCGCAAGAUUUUCAACUCUCCCGGCUACGUGAAGCCAUGUGUCGUGGAUGCCGCGCACAAGCUUCUCGGUAAGACCAACUGGGUCUUCCUGGACGGUAAGGAUCACGUUGAGUACCGCAAGGGUCUCAAUGGUCUCUUCACUCGCCAAGCUCUAGCCUGCUACUUGCCCCGCGCCGAGGAGGUCUUCAACGAAUACUACAAGAAGUUCCUCGAGAAGUCCGAGGCCACCAAGCACACCCCGACUCCCUGGAUGUCCGACUUCCGUGAGCUGAUGUGCGCUCUCUCUUGCCGUACCUUUGUCGGUUACUAUAUGUCCGAUGAGGCCGUCCAGAAGGUUGCCGACGACUACUACCUGAUUACCGCUGCUCUGGAGCUUGUCAAUUUCCCCAUUAUCCUGCCCUACACCAAGACUUGGUACGGAAAGAAGGCUGCUGAUAUGGUGCUCGAGGAGUUCACCAAGUGUGCCGCCAAGAGCAAGGCUCGCAUGGCUGCCGGUGGUGAGGUUUCGUGUAUCAUGGACGCAUGGGUCAAGGCGCAGCAAGACUCUGCCAAGUACCGUGAGAAGAUUGCCAAGGGUAUCCAGGUUGAUUCGUCUGAGAAGCCUCCCCAGGUUCUGCGUGACUUCAGCGACUUCGAGAUCGCUCAGACCAUCUUCACCUUCCUGUUUGCCUCGCAAGAUGCUACUAGCGCUGCUUCCACUUGGCUCUUCCAGCUCAUGGCUGACCGCCCCGAGAUCCUGGACCAGGUCCGCGAGGAGAACCUCAAGGUCCGCAAUGGUGACCGCUCCGUCCCCAUCUCUAUGGACCUGCUCGACAACCUGCCCUACACUCGUGCCGUCGUCAAGGAAACCCUCCGCUACCGUCCCCCCGUCAUCAUGGUUCCCUACCUUGUCAAGAAGGACUUCCCUAUCACCGACAAGAUCACCGUUUCCAAGGGCUCUAUGAUCAUCCCCUCGGUCUGGCCUGCUACUCACGACGAGGAGGCAUACCCCAAUGCUGACUCAUUUGAGCCCGAGCGCUGGAUUACCGGUGACGCUGAGGCGCAGUCCAAGAAUUGGCUGGUCUUUGGCACGGGUCCCCACUAUUGUCUGGGUCAGACCUACGCCCAGCUGUCUCUGAUGGCCAUGAUCGGCAAGGCCAGUAUGGAGAUGGACUGGGAGCACACCCCCACUCCCGAGUCCGAGGAUAUCAAAGUGUUCGCCACGAUCUUCCCUCAGGACGAUUGCCUGCUCACUUUCCGCCCUCGCGCUUAA